AUGGCCACCCAAGAGAACCUCCCCCCAUUCCCGGACAACAUCCCCACAGCACCCCUAACCCGACUCUCGCUCAGCAAACUGCUCGCUCACGACGAACCGGAAACAGCCCGACUCAUGCGCGCAUGCUGCGACAUCGGGUUCUUCUACCUGGAUCUCCAGAACACAGAGCCAGGGACCGUCCUCCUCGCCACAGCAGACAAGCUAUUCCAAAUGGGCACAGAGCUGUUCCAGCUCCCGCUCGCCGAGAAACAGAAAUACGAUUUCAGCGCCCAGAACUCUUACCAUGGGUAUAAGGCCCAGGGGGCAAUGAUUGCGGAUAAAGAGGGGAAUAUGGAUAGGAAUGAGUUUUAUAAUGUCUCCAAAGACAGCAUCCUAAACCUCUCACCCCCCCUCCCAUCCCCAGCCCUCCUCUCCACCCCCGAAACACACAACUCCCUGAAAACCUUCAUCUCCACCUCCCACGCCAUCACCACCCUCCUGCUCACCCUGCUCAACAAAACCCUGGGUCUCCCGGACUCCACGCUCCCCGAUCUCCACCGCCUGCAGUCCCGAAGCAGCGACCAAGUGCGCUUCAUCAAAGCGCCGCCGCAGCCACCGCGAGACAGCCGCACGGCGAUGGGCGAGCACACCGACUUCGGCAGCGUGACCAUCCUCUUCAACCGGCUGGGCGGGCUACAGGUUCUCCCUGCGGGGGAAGACGCGGAGUGGGCGUAUGUGCGGCCGUUGGCGGGUCAUGCGAUUGUGAAUCUCGGGGAUGCGUUGGUGAAGUUUACGAAUGGGUUGUUGAGGUCGAAUAUUCAUCGCGUGGUGGCGCCGCCUGGGGACCAGGCGCGGUGCACCAGGUAUAGUCUGGUUUAUUUCGCGAGACCUGGAGAUGAGGUUGUGUUGCGGAGAUUGGAGGGGUCGGAUUGUAUUCCUGAGGGAGGGGAGGAGGAAGUGGUUAGUAGUAAGGAGUGGGUUUUAAGGAGGGCGUUGGGGAGAAGGGGGGAUGCGGAGAGCGCGGAUUUUGAGAAGUCGGCUGGGACGGAAAUGAUGAGUCGUAGGAUUAGGGUGUGA